ACCGAAUCAUUUCUUUGUGAAUUGCAUAUCAUUGCUUAUGAAGAAAUGAUUUGUACCGACUCUUUGAAUAUUAGUCUCAAUCGGUUUCUACUACUCAUAGUUGGUCUUUGGCCUUAUCAGCAAAAUAUAUUUGUUUGGCUUCAAUUAAUUUUACUUAUUGGUAUUUUGACGAGUUUUAUUCUAGUUCAGUUUACAGUAUUUCUGACUUCAAAAUGUACUCCGGUUUUGUUUAUCAAUGUUCUAUCUUCUGCAUUGUAUUAUAUACUAUAUGUAAUUAAAUACAUUUUUUUUAGUAUCAAUACUAAUAAUGCAAGAUGCUUAUUGGAGCAAAUGCAACUUAUCUAUAACGAGUUAACUGACGAGAAUGAAAUAAAUAUCUUAAAAAAGUACAGUAAUUAUACAAAAUAUGUUACAGUUGUAUUUUCAUUGUGUUUGAUGUGCAUCGCACCUGUUUCUAUUGUAUAUUUAUUUUGGCCUUACAUUUUUAAUAUUUUGUUCUCCACAAAUGGAACUCAAUCGUGUUCUUCAUUGCCAUUUAUAACCGAAUAUUUCGUCGAUCAACAAAAAUACUCCUGUUUGAUAUCGUUCCAUGCGAACGCGGCUACUUGUAUAGGAGCUAUUGCAGUACUUGCAAUAGGAUCAAUAUUUUUAGUUUAUAUAUAUCAUGCAUGUGGAAUGUUUUGUAUCGCCAGAAUCACUUGCAGUUAUCGUAUCAAAAGUGCAAUGCCAUACGAAACAUUACGAAAGAACAGCUUAGAAUAUGAAAAUUUAAUUUAUAAUAGAUUAAUUUAUGCCGUGGAUAUGCAUCGCAAAGCCAUGAAAUUUUGUAACAUGAUAAUAUCGAGAUUUCAAGUUAUGUUCUGCUGUAUGAUAGUAAUCGGAGUGAUUAGCGCAAGUCUUAAUAUGUUUCAGAUUUUCCAGAUGAUAUCACAUGAAUAUGAUAUUGUGGAACUCAUGUUGCAUUCAUUCUUUGUCAACGUCCAUUUCCUUUACUUAAUCUUAGGCAACUAUUUUGCACAAGAAAUUAUUGAUCAUAAUAAUUGUGUGUUUGUCACCGCGUACAACGUUCAAUGGUAUGUGGCCCCGUUGCAAAUACAAAAAAUGAUAUUGUUUCUUUUACAAAGAGGUAAUAAGACAUUCAAUUUGACUAUUGCUGGAUUGUUUGUGGGAUCGUUAGAAGGUGCUGCUACGUUGUUCAGUUCCAUAAUAUCAUAUUUCACUGUUCUUUAUUCUACACGGAAUUGACGUAAAACAAGUUAAACCAUAAAUAUAGUGAAAUACUGAUAGUAAAGAAGUUAGAUACCAAGAUGCCGUAAUCUAAAAAACAACCACUCAGUAGUAAAUCAAACAUUUUUGUGAAAUUCUAAGAACUCCUAAAUCAAUAUAAGGAAAUACAAAAAUGUUUAAAACAAUCUUAACAGUAAGUCAUCGAUAAAAAAUUAAUAACCGAUAAAUACGUAAGAUUGAACGAUUACUGUUUCUUUAAUGGUCCAAAUGAUGAAACAAAUGCAUCACGUAACAAAUA